GCAUUACACAUCAAAAGAAACAGAAAAAAGAAAUAAUGUUUCCAAACAUGUUAUGUGGAUCAUGCAAAUCUCGUCAUCAUCAAAGGAAUUUGAAGAUGAACCUGAAACCUUUGGAACCAAUGUCAAGUCUCCGGUUUCAGUACUCUAAUCCAUACGACAUGGAUCCAGAUAACAUUUUCCUUGGAGAUGUCCCUUUGAAAACAAACAAGAUCUCCAACAAAAAGAGUAGUGGAGGAAUCAAGAAGAAUAUGGCCAACAAGAUUUGUAACUUCUCGGGUUUGAUCAACCGUAUCACUUCCUCCUGCUUGCUCCGCCCGCUUGGUAACUCUAUCAGCAACAACGACUUCACCGAUGACGACAUUUUCAAUGACUCCAACCGAGACGCUGACUAUACCGACGAAGAUGAAGAGUAUUCCGAAGUGGCCACAGAGGAUGAGGACAGCGGUUACAGAACCAAGCAAGAAAUGGAAAUGAUGACGUUGAUAGACCAAGUGUUUGAAACGAUGUCGUAUAUGAAAAAAUCGUACCUGGAUCUACAAGAAGCACAUUGUCCUUGGGACGCCGAUAGAAUUAGGUUAGCGGAUGUUGCAGUUGUCACAGAGCUGCGAAAUUUAGGGAUUUUGAUGAAGAGGUUCCGAAAAAGCAUCAACACCGUAAUAAUGGAUGGAGGUCAUCGAAUGAUGUCAGGGCCAACGAUUCGAGAAAUGGUGACAUCGUACGAGUCUGCACUCGAGAAACUUCAUACCGAGGUGAAGAGCAAGGCGGCCGAGGUUGAUAUCUUAAAACAUAAGUUAAUGACAGGCCGUGGCGUAACAAGGAGAAGUAAUAAGUCUUGGUCUACUCGGUCGAGAAGUAGAGUCGCGUGUAGUAGCCAACAUUUUCAGAGCAUGACGUCACCGUGUGAGGCGAGGGUGUCGUCAUCAAAGGCAACAACAUUGGCAACACCGGAGGUAUUUGAAACGUGCCUAAGUUCCGUCAAAGAAAGUUCUAGAAACUUCGGGUUGGUUCUUCUUGCGUUAAUGAAAUCAGCACAUUGGGAUAUAAGUGCCACAAUUAAAUCAAUAAUUGCCACAUCAAGAAAUAAUAAUAAUAAUCCUAGUAGCGUGAUCAUAAAAGAUUCAUUUACGAUGAUCAAGCCAAAUCAUGCGAAAUACGCACUUGAAUCGUAUGUAAGUAGAAUAAUAUUCCAAGGUUUCGAUCAUGAGACGUAUAACAUUGAUGGAAGUUUAUCAUCUCUUUUAAACCAUGGCCAAUUUCGAUACGAGUGUUUUAAACAAUACAACGAUAUGAAAUCGGUCGAUCCAAUGGACCUUUUACAAAUCGUGCCAACGUGUCAUUUUGGGAAGUUUUGCUUGAACAAGUACCUUUCGAUUAUGCAUCCUAAAAUGGAGGAAUCGUUGUUUGGAGAUCUAGAACAACGACGACACGUGAUGGAAGGAAAUCAUCCAAGGAGUCGGUUUUAUAGGGGGUUUUUGGCUUUGGCAAAAGCGGUUUGGUUGCUUCAUUUGAUUGCGUUUUCUUUGAAUCCGUUGCCGAGUCAUUUUGAAGGGGGUCGUGGGGACGAGUUCCAUCCGGAUUAUAUGGAGAGCGUGGCUAAGCUUCCCGGGGGAUGGGUUGGAUCCGGUGGUGGCGAAUAUGUUGUUGGUUUUCCGGUGAGUCCUGGGUUUAAGCUUGGAAAUGGAAAUGUUGUCAAAACGAGGGUGUAUCUUGUAACUAAGUGUGAAAUGUAAAGGAGGAAGUUGUAGUUAAUUUUAGUAUUCAAUAAUCCGUCUUAAAAUGGAUGGCAUUCCAUUUUUGACUUUUAAAGUGUUCUUUUUAAUUUCUUAUAUUUGUUGUAUUAUAUAAUUUUUUGUA